CGUUACCAUUCCCAGAUACUGUUAUCAUGAGUACGUCACAUACGGUUUCGCCCCGCUCUCCCAAACUUAUUGCAGCUCCAGUCACUCCAGCAGGCGUCAGCCCUACGAAGACCGACUGACAAAUGUGUAACUUCCUAGGAAGCUCAUGAUUGCGGGCAACUGCCGCAUGUGCUUGGUCGAAGUCGAAAAGGUCCCGAAGCCCGUCGCGUCGUGCGCAUGGCCCGUCCAACCCGGCAUGGUCGUCAAGACCAACUCGCCCCUGACACACAAGGCGCGUGAGGGUGUGAUGGAAUUCCUGCUCGCAAACCACCCCUUGGACUGCCCUAUUUGCGACCAGGGUGGUGAGUGCGAUCUCCAGGACCAGUCGAUGCGCUACGGCGGCGACCGCGGUCGGUUCCACGAAAUCGGCGGGAAGCGAGCGGUGGAGGACAAGAACAUGGGUCCCCUUAUCAAGACCUCCAUGAACAGGUGUAUCCAGUGCACGAGAUGUGUGCGGUUCGCGAACGAUAUUGCCGGCGCCCCGGAACUGGGUUCGACGGGCCGUGGCAACGACCUACAGAUUGGUACCUACCUGGAGAAGAACCUCGACUCUGAGCUUUCUGGUAACGUCAUCGAUCUCUGCCCUGUCGGUGCUUUGACCUCGAAGCCGUAUGCUUUCCGUGCACGCCCCUGGGAGCUGAAGAAGACGGAAUCGAUCGACGUUCUGGACGGCCUAGGCUCUAACAUUCGCGUCGACACUCGUGGCUUGGAGGUGAUGCGCAUUCUUCCUCGCCUCAACGACGAGGUUAACGAGGAGUGGAUCAACGACAAGACUCGCUUUGCCUGCGAUGGUCUCAAGACCCAGCGUCUUACCAUUCCCCUGGUCCGAAGAGAAGGAAAGUUCGAGCCGGCGUCAUGGGACCAGGCUCUGACUGAAAUUGCCCACGCUUACCAAACGUUGAACCCCCAGGGCAAUGAGUUCAAGGCUAUCGCUGGUCAGCUCACCGAGGUUGAGUCGUUGGUUGCCAUGAAGGACCUUGCCAACAGGCUCGGAUCGGAGAACCUUGCGCUGGAUAUGCCCUCGGGCAACAAGCCUCUCGCCCAUGGUGUUGAUGUCCGCUCUAACUAUACCUUCAACUCCAGCAUCGUUGGUAUCGAGUCUGCUGAUGUUAUCCUCCUAGUUGGUACUAACCCGAGACAUGAGGCCGCUGUACUCAAUGCUAGGAUCCGUAAGCAAUGGCUGCGCUCUGACCUUGAGAUUGGCGUUGUUGGCCAGACCUGGGAUUCGACUUUCGAGUUUGAGCACCUUGGCACCGACCAUGCUGCCCUCCAGAAGGCGCUUGAGGGCGACUUUGGCAAGAAGCUCAAGUCGGCCAAGAACCCCAUGAUCAUUGUGGGCUCUGGCGUCACCGACCACGGCGAUGCCAAUGCCUUCUAUGAGACCGUCGGGAAGUUUGUCGACAGCAACGCUUCCAACUUCCUCACUGAGGAGUGGAACGGCUACAACGUUCUCCAGCGCGCUGCCUCCAGAGUCGGCGCCUUCGAGGUCGGCUUCACUGUUCCCUCCGCCGAGGUUGCCGAGACAAAGCCCAAGUUCGUCUGGCUCCUCGGCGCCGAUGAGUUCAACGAAGCCGACAUCCCCAAGGACGCCUUCAUUGUCUACCAGGGCCACCACGGUGACAGAGGCGCCCAGAUCGCCGAUAUUGUCCUCCCUGGUGCUGCCUACACCGAGAAGGCUGGCACCUAUGUCAACACCGAGGGCCGUGUGCAGAUGACCCGCGCUGCUACCGGCCUUCCCGGUGCCGCCCGCACGGACUGGAAGAUUCUUCGCGCUGUGAGCGAAUACCUUGGCGUCCGCCUUCCCUAUGACGAUGUCGCUCAGCUUCGGGAUCGCAUGGUCGAGAUUAGCCCUGCUUUGUCGUCUUAUGAUAUCAUCGAGUCUCCCUCGUUGCAGCAGCUCAGCAAGGUGCAGCUGGUUGAGCAGAACCAGGGCGCCACCGCAAGCAACGAGCCCCUCAAGAAGGUCAUCGACAACUUUUACUUUACCGACGCCAUUUCCAGAAGCUCCCCAACCAUGGCCCGCUGCUCAGCCGCCAAGGAGACAGGCGAUCCCCGAACCAACUUCAUGGCUCCGGGCAUGGAGGAGGAUAGACCCAUGGGUCAGAUCGCCUAUGGUGCAUAGAUAGACAUUGGAAAGGCGGAGGGAAAGGCAAGGUAAAGGGGGCUUAUAAUGAAGACGACAGACAGACACAGUCGAACCAACAGACACUGGACCACAGUACAGGACAUAUAUAAGACACAUCAAAAAGGAGAGGAGGGAGGGAGUUUGUUCUCUAUUCGCUUUCUUCCUCUCGUUUUUGGUUGUUCUUACCGCACGCAUUCCAGC